AUGUCGGUUGUCUCCCUUCUCGGUGUUAAGAUUCUUAACAACCCUGCCACUUUCACGGCCUCCUAUCAAUUUGAGAUCACUUUCGAAUGUCUCGAACAGCUUCACAAAGAUCUGGAGUGGAAGUUGACCUACGUCGGUUCCGCCACUUCUUCUGAAUAUGAUCAGGAACUCGACUCCCUCCUCGUCGGCCCCAUCCCAGUGGGAGUGAACAAAUUCAUCUUUGAGGCUGAUGCACCUGAUCUCAAGCGCAUUCCUCCUUCUGAGAUCCUGGGCGUGACUGUGAUCCUCCUCACUUGCAGCUACGACGGUCGUGAGUUUGUCCGUGUUGGUUACUACGUUAACAACGAGUAUGACUCGGAGGAGCUCAUCGCCGACCCACCGGCCAAGCCUGCAAUUGACCACAUUCGCCGUAAUGUUCUUGCCGAGAAGCCAAGAGUGACUCGCUUUGCCAUCAAGUGGGAUUCGGAGGAGUCUGCCCCUGCAGAGUACCCCCCUGACCAGCCCGAAGCUGAUAACCUUGACGAUGACAGCAAUGCCUACGGCCACGAAGAGGCCGAGCUCGAAGCUGCUCUUGUCAAGGAGCUGGAGGAGUCACACAAGCCCGCCGAGGGUGAUGACCACGAGAUGGAGGGAGCCGAUGUGACUACGGGCAAGGACGACGAUGAGGAGGAUGAGCUCUCCGACGCUGGGAGUGAGGAUCUCGAGGAAGAGAGUGACGACGACGACGAUGACUUGGACGAGGAGGAAGGCGGUGAAGGUGACGACGAUGUGGAGAUGGGCGACGACUCUGAGCAGAAGGAUGAAUCGAAGCCCACCCACCCUGCUCAGUCCGAAGUUAUGGUGCACUGA